UGUUAGGCUGAUCAAUGAGGAAUGAGGAGCUGUAUUCUUCAGAACACUUACUUAUGCUCUGCUGCUUCCAACUGACGAAGGAAGGUCCACACUCACUCUGAGGAAAUGGCAGGCAAGUUUUGGACAUAUCUAGCUUUCUUCUUUCUCCUGGCUAGUCUGGCUGUCAUCAUUACUAUGUCCGUGAUCCAGGGUCAUAAGCGUGUCUUUGAGUCACGUCUGAAGUAUGGCAUAGUAAUCGACUCAGGCUCCUCCCGCUCUACUAUGUAUCUGUAUCAAUGGCCAGCCGAGAAGCAAAAUAACACUGGAGUGGUGAGCCAGACACUCAGAUGCAUGGUCGCUGGCCCUGGUAUCUCGGAUAUGUUAGUUGACAAUGCACAGGACCAACAGUCCUGGGCGUCAAUCAGAGAAUGUAUGAACAACAUCACAAAAAUCAUCCCCGCAGACCAACACAAUUCAACCGUCAUCUACCUUGGGGCAACUGCUGGGAUGAGACUGCUACAUUCACAGAAUGAAACAAAAUCCAAUGAGAUUUUAAGGAACCUGCAGAACUACCUCCAAUCUCUGCCGUUUAACUUCCAAAACGCUUCCAUCAUGUCAGGGGACGAGGAGGGGCUGUACGGCUGGAUCACCGUCAACUAUCUGAUGGGAAACUUCCUGGAGAGAAACAUAUGGAAUAUGUGGGUGCGGCCUGCCGGAGGGAAUAUGGUGGGUUCCAUGGAUCUAGGAGGGGCGUCCACCCAGAUAGCGUUCACCCUCCCAGAUCCCAACGCCCGGGGAACAGACAUCAUACGGGUCUCCCUUUAUGGCUACGAAUACAACAUCUACACUCACAGCUUCCUGUGUUAUGGGAAGAACGAGGCAGAGAAGAGAGUCCUUGCUGCUUUAGUGAAGAACUCUGAGAAUGCUACACAUGUGAUCAACCCCUGCUUCAAUCUUGGUUACAACAUGACUGUGUCGGCUGAGUCCAUCUUUGGGACUGAGUGCAUAGAAACUCCUGCCGACUACGACCCCAAGCAGAUGAUCACCCUGAAGGGGUCAUCAGACAACGGAGCCUGUAGGGACGUGGUGCAAUCCAUAUUUGACCUGACCUCCUGCACGAAGAACUGUUCCUUUGACGGAGUAUACCAACCAUCCGUGGGACCCGGGGACUUUCUGGCCUAUGCUGGGUUCUUCUACACUGCUCAGGCUGUUGGGCUGAAAGGCAUUUCACAACUGAACCAGUGGAACUCCUCUACCUGGGAAUUCUGCUCCUGGGACUGGCCCACCCUCACGCUAAAAAAGGACUGGAUAACUGAAAAAUACAGAAAGUCCUACUGCUAUUCAGCUCAUUACGUCCAGACAUUACUUGUAAAUGGCUACAAGUUCAAUAAAGACACUUGGAAACACAUUGACUUCCAAAAACAGGUACAUAACACAAGUAUAGGCUGGAGUCUGGGCUACAUGCUACAUACAUCCAACAUGAUCCCUGCUGAGGCCAAGCUGGUGCGUCUGCCCAUGGCCAACUCUGUGUUCGGUGGCCUCCUCUUCCUCUUCACCGCCCUCACCAUCGUCAGUGUCAUGUUCCUGGUCAUCAAGGCUGUGCGUGCCUGCUACUGACCACCACUAGAGGGCAGUGUUCAAAUAACAGUUACACCUAAGUUUGCAAAAUUACAGUAACUUUCCCAAAAUGUGUUUUUUCCAGAAAUCCGGGUUGGAAGAUUCCUUGAAUCAGGAGGGAAUGAGCAGGAAAUCUGGGAAUCCUCCAACUGGGAUUUCUAGAAAACCUUGGAAUUUUGGGAAAGUUACAGCAGUUUUUCAUCCCUAGUUACACCCGAUGGAGGAAAGUGCUUCUGGUCCCAUCCAGACACAGUUACAGCAGGCAACAAUAGAACAUGGACAGGUGGAAGGUAUUAUCACCAGAUAUUAUCAUCAUCAGAUAAAGAGAUUUAACAGGAUCUUAAAGCCCACGUGCAGUCUUAUUCAUUUUAUUUUUUAAAUCAUCACUAUAUGUCUAAUAAAUCACUGUGUGUGUUUAUUUCAUGAAAACUCCUAAUAUAUUUGCUAUUAUUUAUUUUCCUGAGCCUCCUUUUGCCAUUGAAAUGCUCAGUCUGAUCGUGUGGGUGUGUUGAUACAAAUGUAAAUAUAUUUACAUACACAGCCCUGAUUGGCAGAUAGGAUCGUCUAGACUCUAGACUAGAGCCUACCCCGCUUACCCUUUCAAAGUAGGAUGAAACAUAUGCAAAUAAAAGUUGACUCGUCAUUGGUCAAAAUAAUCAGAUUGUGAUGUCAUACUGUGGGCCAGAAACUCCCUCCCACCUAAACAGUGUUGUUUUGACCUCAGUGUAGAAAUAUAAUUUUAAAAUAUAGGGAAAUAACGUUUUGACUGCACUGCCCCUUUAAGCACUUACAAAUGCAUAACA